AUUUCACAAAAAUAAAAAAUAUCAGCAUCUUGGGUAACAAGGUCAUCAACAUUAGGUUUGAUGAGAACGAAAAGUUUUAAACAACUAAAUAAUCAAGUUGUAGCUAAUAUGUAAUUUUAAGUGUGAUUUACAAUUCUGGAUUAAAACAACAGGGGGGAAUGACUACAAAUCCAAAAAUGUUCCUGCCGACAUAACGUAUUCAGCAAUUGAGAAUUUGUGUAAUUUUUUCUUUCCUUAUAAAAUGUAAAAUAACCAGUGUAGAAUGUCAAAUAUAAACUUACUUCAUGAACAACUAUCAACAGAAAGUUGUUCUACUCUGAUACCGAGUGAUGAUUUAAAAACUAACGGUGACAUGUGUAAUUUUUUACCAAAUAAUAAUAUUUGUGAGGACAUAGUGUCUUCAAAUAGUGCUAGAUUCGAUACAGACAUUGAUACAGAGUGUGAUACACCGCAAACUACGACUGAAUCAAGCGAAAAAAGCCCUGGGAUGGAAGGUGCCAAAGACGACACAGAAGAAGAUAGUCUUGAUGGAAAAUUGGACCAGGAAGCAGACUCUCAGGACGAUUCAGAAGAUCCCUACAAUAUUAACAAUGACAAAUCAUUUGAUGAUGAUGACGUCAGCUACGAGCCCACGGAGUACAGGAACGGUGUCAUCAAAAAGAGUAACAAGAAAAAGAAAAUUUCGAGCGGACCCGGAAGGGGACGUCCAAGAAAAGCAUUGGUGACCAUGUACCAAAGUCAGAUCAGUGGAGACAAGGAUGCCAUAAAAAUCCGAAUUAAAAAAAGCAAUUUUUGUACACAGAUGCCCCCGAGCAAGAAGAAAUCCGGUAGACGGAAAAAACACAAAGUUAACUCGGACACGGAUGUCUCGGAUUAUGAAAAGAGGCCAAAACGCUCCAAGCCUUGGAGUACCGAAAAUGAUGUUUCUAGUACGCAAGAACAUGAACCUAUUGAACAAAGUGUUUUGCAAGCUGUGGAGGAUGUUUCUGUUUCACCAACAUUAUGGCAUAAAGCUGACCUAAACUUUGUAAAGGAAAGAUUUAGGACUGAUCUGCGAUUACAUUGGCUCAUAUUAAACAGGCUUAUGGAUUGUCAAGAUUUAAAUAUGGGUGAAUGGAAAAUUCGAGAUAUUCAAGCGUUUAUGGAAGCUCUCUGUGAACACUGUAGUAAACUGAAGGGUUUAAAUUUAAGUGGAUGGAAGGGUAUUUCACCUGACCAUUUGAAAUACAUUUCUACGGAAUGUAAAAAUCUAGAGCGACUAGAUUUGUCUUCAAUUAAUUUUACUUCUCCCAUAAAUGCACAACCGUUAGUCAAUUUAUGUCAGAGUAUGGCAGGUCGGUUGACUCAUCUAGUUUUGGCUCACAAUAAAAUUGCCAAUUUCACACAAAUUAUGGCAGCCAUUGCGGUUGCGUCUCCUGGAUUUCCUCGCUUGGAAGAACUUUCUCUUGCUGGACUGGAGGAAGAUCAAACGACUACUUCUAGAUCAGUGGACGACGAUUGUAUAGAACGUCUACUAAAGAAUAGUACCAAACUAAGACUAUUGGAUGUCAGGGGGUGCAGCAAGCUGACCGAUUCUGGAUUGGUAAGAGUACCGGCUUGGGAUCUUGAGCAUCUCUUUUUGAGUGCUUGUUAUAUAACCAGGCUACAGAAUUCUGGUUUGGAAUUAAUUGUUCAAAAAUGGUCUCACAGUCUGGUAGAGGUUGAUUUAGCUUGGAGCACGGCCACAAAUCCAUUGGAUGCCGCUGUUUUGGCAUUAGCCGAAAAAGGAUCAGAGUCGAAAAUAAGAUUUUUGAAUCUUUGCGGCUCCUCCGUCAGCCUCGAACCAGUGAAAGCAGUAUUGGAAAAAUGCCCAAGAUUGUAUUCAAUAAAUUUACAAUCAUGUCGAGCGCUACCUCGCGGGAUAAAACGUCUUUACACCGGUAGUCAAGUGGACGAACUACGCAAGAGUUUGCAGGACAAGCCAAAGACUGAAGCGAUCGAAUCGGAAACUGACCAGUCACCGGCGCAAACGACUGUUUCACCGAGAAAUGAAUAAAAACUUUGUUGAACGUGUUUAGGAUGUUUCUUUUUGGAUUGAUUUUUAUUGUCAAUUGCGUGAGUUGAGGAAAAGUGGGAAAGUGAAUGUGUCUUUGUCAUUUUUACAAACACGAUUAUAUCUUCUUUUAAAUAACCGUUGAUUAUGUACAAGAUAACUGUUUUCAUUAACGAUAUUUUUUAACUUGCUUUAUAUAGAUAGCUAGUUAACAUUUGAUGCUUGAAUUUUAAUAUUAGUAAGUCAUAUUCGUGGCAUAGAAAAAAAAGUUGAUGCAGGAAAUCAUUGUUCGAAUAUACGAUUAAAGUAAUUUAAGAGUAUUGGCCAUGUAAACGAACUAUAGAUGCAGAGCAAAUCUAGCACGUAGGAACACAAACCAAACUCCAUAGCCGUAGCACGUGAGACAUCGUUUUAAGUGAAGCAAUCUCUAUGUUUAUUACCUUCCAUUAGUCACAGAUCUCACGAACGCAGUUUGGAUUCAGGGAUGCGUUAGGUACAAGAGAAGCCUUGUUAGCGGUUCAGGUAUUAUUUCAAAGGUGCAGAGACGUCAACUGCGAUAUUUAUGUCUGCUUUAUCGACUACUAAAAAGCUUUCGACAGAAUCAAGCACGAUAAGCACAUGGAUAUACUAAAGGCAACUGAUCUGGAUAACAAAGACCUUCGAGUAAUCAAAAACAUAUACUAUAACCAAGCAGCAACCAUUCUGGUGAAAGAUCAACUAACAGAGGAAGUUGCAAUAAAGAAAGGAGUACGGCAAGGCUGCAUACUCUCUCCCCUAUUAUUUAACGUCUAUUCGGAACACGCCAUGAGCCAGGCCUUAGAGCAUAUCGAAGAGGGUAUUCUCAUAAAUAGUGAGCGCCUGAACAACAUCAGAUAUGCAGACGACACCAUCCUCUUUGCACUACUCAACUACUGUAAUUUUAAGACUAGCAAAGAGAAUUGAAAUACUGUUAUAAAAUAUUACCUAAAUCAACCACGGGAGCUUAUUUUCUAUGCUUCGCCUAGCUCAGUCUUUCAAGUGUGAUUCCGUCUCGUCUUAAACUAUGAAUUAAAUGAAGAAAAUUUAGCUGAUAACAAAUAAAACAAUGAUUUAACUAAUUAUAUUUAUUCAACAUAAAAAUAAUAUAUAAGUAUCAAAAACAAACCCUGCCUGAAACUUUACAACAAACAUAUUUAAAAUUGGAACUUAUGUCAUAUAUUUGGUUGCUUGCUCUUAUUAAUAUGCUUUCUUCAAAUUAUGUGGAUAGGUCCUGUUGCCGCCUCCAGAGCAGGGUAGGUCUUGAAGAUAGCUGCAGUUGUUUAGGCCCACAUCACUCCAUAAAUUCCAUAAACCAUUGCAUAAAUUAUCCAAUAAAAUAUUCCAGGGAUUUGCGUUCCUGUAACGUUUUAUACUACAUAAGAAAUUCAGUCUAAGAUGUUGAAUGGGCUUUUCCAUUAAUAAUUUUCUAUUAGUUCUCGUUUUUCGCCAACGAAAUCCCAUCUUUCUAAUUACUGUUCGUAGGCUUUCUGUGAAACCUGAGUAGUUGUACACCUCUGCAAAUGUUCUGUGUAUGCGCUUUAACUACCAAAAAGCUUUCAACAGAAUCAAGCACGAUAAGCACAUGGUUAUACUAAAGGCAACUGAUCUGGAUAACAAAGACCUUCGAGUAAUCAAGAACAUAUACUAUAACCAAACAGCAACCAUUCGGGUGAAAGACCAACUAACAGAGGAAGUUGCAAUAAAGAAAGGAGUACGACAAGGCUGCAUACUCUCUCCCCUAUUUAGAAGGUUUACAGACACUAGUAACGCAAUUGUGGAGAAUCAGUCAAGAAUAAGGGCUUGAUUUUAACAUCAAGAAAGCAAAGUACAUCGUCAUCAGUAAGAAGCAUAUUCCUCCUAGUCAAUUAAUGGUAGAUCAGCAACAAAUACUGCAAGUGUCCCAUUACUACUUUUUAGGAACCACCAUAAACGACCAAUGGGACCACUGAGUUCAGAUAAAACAAAGAAUUGAAAAAGCCAGAUCAGAGUUUGUCAGAAUGAGCAAGAUAUUUAAGAGCCACGACCUACCCUUAAAAACGAAAAUCCGUUUAUUGAGAUGCUACGUGCUUACAGUGCUGCUCUAUGGGGUUGAAUCAUGGACACUAACAGAGGCAUCAAUGGGAAAACUUGAGGUGUUUGAGAUGUGGUGUUAUAGACGGAUAGUGAGGAUGUCCUGGUUGGACCGAAUAACAAACAUUGAGGUUCUACGUCGGAUGAAUAAAACAUGUGAAAUUAUAUCCACAGUGAAACAGCGCAAGCUAGAAUAUCUUGGACAUAUAAUGCGAAACCAUCAUAGAUAUAACCUGCUGCAACUUAUAUUACACUGAAAGGUCUACGGAAAGAGGGGACCAGGAAGAAGUAUAUCUUGGCUCCAGAACCUACGAAAAUGUUCCUUGACCACUUCAGGACUAUUUCGAGCUGCGGUCAAUAAAGUUAGAAUUGCCAUGCUAGUUGCCAACAUCCGUAACGGAUAGGCACCACAAGAAGAAUAAUGGAAAAUAAUGAUAUUAAAAUUCGUCUGGUGGAUAUUUUUAAAUAUGUAGACUACCUUUAAUAGAAGACAAGGUGUUGUUACAUGCUGGCCACGUUUUAUUGUGUGGCAUAUAUAAUAAGUUUGUGUCUAAAAACCAGUAAUUUAAAUGGUGCUUCACAUGAAGUAACUGUAGGUGUGUUACUAGACCAGUAGGUGGCAAAAUACACUUGUAAAGCAGGGCAUGGAGGAAUGUUCAUACAUGUGAUAGCAAUUUGUAUAUAUUAGGUACAUAUAUAAUCAAUGUUGCAAUUAUGCUCAGAAAACUUACUUUAAAAAAAUCUUCCCCUUUACACGCAAUUCUGGUUGUUCAUUGGUACCUCUGCGGACUUUUACGCGGUCUUCCGAUACUUCUUCUGACGAUUAGUCACUUAUCACUUGCUAUUUUGACGACAUGGGUCUUCUCCAUUCUGCUUAUAUGGCUAUUCCAUUCUUUUUUCUAUUAAGUGUCCAUUCAUUUAUACACUGCAUUUGUACGUUAAAUUUUCUUCUAAUCUCUUCACUUUUCUUUCGAUCUGUCAACGUAUUUCCUGUAAUUCUUGGCAGUAUUCUUAGCUUUACUGUUCUGGGUCUUGUUUCUGAGGCAUAUGUCAUUAUUGUCUUAUACUAGCUUUAUAAAUUCUUGAUUUCAUAUCAGUUUUAAUGUGUCUAUUUCGCCAUAUAGUGUUAUUAAGGCAUCCUGCUAGUCUAUUUGCUUUUUGUACUUGAUCUCUCACUUCUUUGUCCAGGUCUCCAUAGCUGGACAUUGUAAUCCCAAAAAAAAUCUGUUGAUAAAAAAUGUUGUGAACACAAUAUCAUACCACUUACUAUUAUUCACUUCCCAACUUUUAAUUCAGGAGCCCAACGACAUUGUACAUUUUUAUCUCGUGGAAAAAGUGCAUACUUAUGGCUUCCAAUCGAUAAUUACUGAAUUGCGGUACAAAACAGUAUUGUUUGCAUUUACUUUUUAAAAAUAUGGUACCUUAUUAGACCUUACUUAAUCUAAUAUUAUUUACACUAUUUCACUAAAUGUCAAAUGUUUUGUUUCCCUACUUGCGCUAAUUCGAAUUUUUGCCGCACCAUGUCGUCUCUUUCGUGUUUGGCAUUGCCAUAGUAUGCUAGAAAUGUUCAAAACCUACGUAUUUCAACAUUAUAAAGAUCAAUAAAACAUCUGAUGUGUGUGGAUGAAGCAUCCAUGCACAUGAAUAUCUUGUAUUUGUAAAGAUAAAACAAAUUAUCGCUUUCUGCGGAAUAAAAUGCAAGGAAAAAUAAAUGGAAAGCAACAGUCAGAUUGUAGAGUUUCACGAUUAGAAGACAUAUGGCCGACGACGCUACUAAAAAAGUAAAGAAAAUGCUCACAUCAAUGCUCGAAAGGUAUACUCAUCUCACAAUACAUAUAUGAUACCAUAUAACCAGUAACAGUAUAAGUCCGUCGAUCAGAGUAAUGAUUUACUGUAUGUAUAUCCGUAGUAUCUUUUUUUUCUUAUUAUUUCGAUUUACUUCUCUCACGCUUUAAAAAGUAUAACAUUUAGGCGUCGAAUCAAGUCAAAAUCGUUUUUCAUCGGGAAUUGAUGGGAAAUUUAUGAUCUGAAAUAAAAGUAAUGUGGUCAUAUGCAGAAAACAGUUAGCAAAAAAGUCAGAUAUAUUAAUAAGUUUUGUGAAAUGACAAACUAUAUUAACAUGUUUAAUUUUUAUUGAUUAUAAACUUAUUGUUGAACGUUA